CGGACACGUGCGAAGACAGAGUAUAGUUUUAGUUUUAGUAUUGGCAUAGAAACAUUACAAAGACUCUGUACAAGUGUAAUGUGUCCUAAUUAAGGUAAACAACCGUCAAUUACGACGUUAAAAAUGUAGAGGGGUCUUCAUCCGACAGACGAUUGACCCACACACUUCUUCGUACUGGCAUGGCAUUGCAUUCAUUCCACGUUGGUGGAGUCAUCAUUCUGUGGCAUUUUCGUGGUCGCCAGAUAGCAAGUUCGAAGCCGUUUCACCGGGUACCAGUUGGCUGGUCAACAACAUGUUGUAUCACUGUAUAAUGUUAUGCUAAGUAAACCAACAACGAAGAUAACGUGUAAAGAUAAACUAUGAACUCUUGAAACGCUAUUAGUGAUUGCUCAGCGGUAUGUAACUUGAUAGUUCGUGCACACUUACGAUUACUGAAUUUAUUUUUAUGGUUCUCAAUUAUUACAAGUAUGCGGAAAGUGCCUGGUGGAUUGUUUUUAGUUUAGUGUGUGAGAUAGUUACAUACAAAUGUUCAUUAUGUUGAAUUCGGCGUGUGCAGCGCACUAUUUAGUGUUCACGUGGAUUUUUGGUGUAUGUUACGGGUUUGUACUUUUGUCUUCGGCCGCUGGUGCGGGAAACGCGGCCGACAUCCUGGAACCGGGAGGGUCCUGGACCUACGACAUGCAUACAGUUGUGUUGCUCAAUGAAAAAAAUGAAAGUGGGAAAGACGUUGGGUUUUUGGUGGCUGGAGAGGUUUUGGUGCAGGUUUUAUGGGGUAGUUCUGAUCAGCAAAGGCUCUUAAGGUUUGAAAUGUCUCCACAGUUGUACAUAAAAUCGAGAAAAGCUCCAUCUCCAGAUGGUUUCAUCCCACAUAGUUCGAACUUGGAUUCUAUUGAAAAUAAGCAAUUUUUUGUUCAUUGGAACCAGGGCAAAAUCAACAAAAUUCUCCUACCAAAGAACGAGAAGCUAUCAAUUGCUAAUCUCAAAAAGGGUAUUGCUAGUCUCAUGCAGUUUCAGCUUUUAGAUUCAGAAGAAGGCAAUGAAACUGAUUCGUCAGGUGUCUGCAAGGUGUCUUACACAUCCACAGGCCCAACGAUUAUGAAAAAGUACAAAACGGAUUGCACAUCGACUGAUCUUCCAUACGUUUAUAAUCCUGAUGUGUUGCUAGGGAUAAAUGUGGAAUCUGACCGCACAGUAACUUACGAAAUAGACACCAGCGGUGACAAAAUAAAGCGUAUCAAUUCUGACGAAGCACACGUAAUGUCUUUGAACGCAAAGGAAAAUGCCGGAAACAAAAUCGAAGUACAUCAAACACUACUUUUCAAAGAACAAAGCGCAGUGAAUGUUAUAGAAGGAAAUACUUUCGAUGAAGUUUUAGAAAGAGCUAUAAAUCAAGAGAGAAUUGCUUUCACUCAAGAAUCGUUAGUUAUAGAAAAGGAAAAUGAAUUGAACGAAGUUAAGAAAUUUUCGAACGCCCUGAAGGACUGUAGAGAAAAUUUAAAAGGCGAUUUAUUGGGAAAACUUGGCCCGGCAAAAAGUUUUAUGAAAAUGGUAACGAGCGCGAGAAUAAGUGAUAAGGAAGAUAUUGCUAAAGUUUUAACGUCUGGAAAAAACAAACCAAUUUUACAUCAACUCUACGAUAUAUUAGGCUUUGCACAAACUAAAGAUUCCCACGAAGCUGCAAUGAAAAGUUUACGAAUAGAAAGGCCAGACCAUGAAGAGUUUAUAGAGAGAUAUUACUGGGCUCUUUCACUCUCUGCACAUCCAAACCCAGAAAUAAUAAAUGAUCUCAUUAAUAGAUACUUAAAACAAAGCGAUAUUCCACGCAAACUCAAGGAAACACUUCUUCAAACUAUUUCUUCGAUGGCUUACAGGCUCUCAAAAUUCCCUGAGAUUACGCAAUCAUCAAAAAAGAUAAUGGUCAAAGUUGAAGAAAUCCUUAUUCAUGGCUUCGAACAUUCCAAAGACGCGGAUGAUCGUUUAAUUAUCUUGAGAGCACUUAAAAAUCUGAAAUCAGACACAUUGAUCCCAUUCCUUCUGAAAACCAUAAAAACGGGAACUUUAAAAGAAGGAUCGCUGGCGUGGAAAACCAUUAAAACUCUAAACCCAUCUUCAUGGAACGGUGAUGUUCAGAAAGCCGCAUGGAGAACGUUCUUCCAAUUAGACAAGGUUCAUGAUUCAAGUGCAAGGACAAUAGCAUGCGAUGUGUUGCUUGAGUCACACCUUUCCGACGAUGCUUUAAAACAACUGCUAUUGUUCUUGUUGCACGACGAACAACGUUACGAAGUGAAACAAUAUUUAUGGCAAAGGAUUAAAAUGAUCGGUGAAACCGAUGAGAACUUCAAUCGGAGGGUUGCGGAUAUUAUAAAAUCUAAUGCACAGUUAAAUAAUUACCACAUUUUGGCUCCAAAAGGCUUAUCGACAGCAUUGGUAAGAAGAUUUCUGGAAAGCCCUUCAGCUAAUGGAAGCUUGGUUGCAAUUCAAGAAAUGGAUAGUGGCAUUGUAAAAAGGGGCACUGUCGACAUUGUCCUCGAAAAGAAUGAAUCUCAUCAAGAUAUAUGCAGUUUGGGUAUCUUCUCUGGUGGUCUUGGUAGUUUCAUUUCCAGUGAACCACCUAGUGAUCCGGAUGAGUCGGCAACGGCUGGUAUUGAGCUCACUCUUCUUGGAACUCAGAUUCGUCCAUUUGUAUUUUUCAGUGAUCAAGGUGAACUUUUAGGUCAUGUGUGGAGUGGCACAGCAUCGGAAAUGACGCCUGCUUUUCAGGCACUAGCAUUACUUCAAGAUCAUCGCGAAUACGUCAGGUUGGGUUCAGGUUUCAUAGCAGAGUUGGACGUGAAAGGGGCUGUUUCAUUCGAUCUUUCUGGAAAAAUCUCGAUAUCAUUAUGGAAUAAAAAUGCUGCUUCUGUAGUACGAAAAUCGGCUGGAAUUGUCGUUGAAGGAUUCAGCGUUAUCGAUACUGAUUUUGUGAGAUCCCAAGCAGAAUUCAUAGUUUCGAUCGAACCAAAACUGAAUCUUGAAACUGACAUUGAUUUUUACUCUGAAGCCAAACUAUGUAUGAAAUUAAGUCAACCAGAAUUUAUAGUCAGGCAUAACACAUUUAAAAUUGAAAGAAUUCCUGGAAGCAAGCAUAGACUAAGGAAGGUUACUUACAGGAAAAGCAUUGUACCUGGAAGAACGUAUGCGUUAAAUAAGAAAAACAAUGAAAUGUGCAAUUCUAUCAGCGGCAGUUAGCAAUAAAAAUGAUAAUACUACAUAAUAAUAAUAAUACCAUGCAUCUUUUAUCUUUCUUUUCCGCUACAAGAUCAAGACAAAAUUCAUAAUUCUUGUGUUAAAUAGGUAAUUAUUUUAUUAAAUUUUUAGUGAGUAUUAACUGAUCGAUUUUUUAAUUCCACAUUCAGCUGACAAUGACAAAUAAACAAAUCAAUGUAAAAUAACAUGUAUGUAG